AACCCGUAAGGAUUCUAGAUUUAAAGAGUGUAGACUUCAUUCUUAAGGACAUCACACAUAAAUUGCUCCUCUAUAUCUAUAAAUGAUAACAAAUUUCUAAAUCAAUCAAUAAAUACUGAGUUCAUUCAUGCAUAUGUGAAUGAACAAAUUAAUGAAUGAUGGCUGUAGUCGAAUUACUGUCUGUGUGGAUGUUCUCCCCAUGUCCAUGUGGGUUUCCUCUAGGUUCCCUGGUUUCCUCCCACCUCCCAAAAACAUCCUGGAAGGUGGACUGGCUAAUCUAUAUUGCCCCUAUGUAUGAAUGAGUGUGUGAAUGUGUGUGUGAAUAGUGCCCUGCAAUAGACUGGCAGCCCCUCCAGGGUGUAUUGUAGCCUCGCAUCCAAUGUUCUCUGGAUAGACUUCAGAUCUAUUGCGAUCUUGACCAGGAUAAAGUGCUUACUGAAGAUGAAUGACAUGAAUAGAUCGAAUGAUGGAUCGAUUAAAAAACAUGUUGGUUAGUCUAUGAAAUUUUCAAAAUUAGCCCAAUACUGGCACCUAGUGUAGCAUCACAUAUUACAAUUAUGAGGAGGAGGAUCAUGAAUCUUACAUUUUGCUAUUCUAAAAUUUUUAAAGUUUCUAUUUUGUGUUCUUAGAAAAGUUUUUUUUUUAAUGAUAAUGUAAGUUUCAGGAAUACUCAACUUAUGCAAUCAUAAUUUAUUAGUAACAACAGUGCUGCUUGUUUAUCUUAUCAAAAAUGACAGACAGAAGGACACAUGAUUUCCUAUUACAUCACAGAGGAAGUCACAUGCAGUUCAUUUAUAUGUGAAACCCUCAAAAGAAAAAGGAACAAGGUAAAGAAUUGUGUUAGUCAGAGCGAAACUUUCACCAUGAGUUGGGUAUACAAUUGGAUCUCCUCAAUCUGGCUCCUUCUCUGUCUCACAGUCUGUCCAUGCAGGACCAUUACUGUUAAUGGCAUCAGUGGUCAGAACGUCACUCUGCCCUGCAAGUAUAACUUGAGUUAUCAUGGGAAAUGUGAGAUAUGUUGGACGAGGGGAGAAAUUCCAUUAACAGGGUGUGGUAAUGAAAUCAUUGCCACCGAUGGAGAUAAAGUGGUGAGGCAAGUGUUACGCAGAUAUCAGCUAGAUGGAGAAUUACAGAAAGGAGAUGCAUCUUUGACAAUCCAUAACACUACACAGAAAGACUCUGGAAGAUAUGGCUGCCGUGUGCAUAUACCUGGAUUGUUCAAUGAUGAAAAAAAUGUAGUCGACUUAGUCAUUAUGAAAGGACCUUCACCAACUUCUGAAGUGAAUUCUUUAUUACCAAGUAUCCCUGAGCUGGUAACAAAGGAUCCAUGGUACACUGAACCGACACAAGUGGUAGCCAAUAGCACAAGGCACUACCCUAACUCCUUAACUCCAGACAUUAAUAAAAUGGGGAAAGAACCAACAGAUGAUUUGAUUCCUGUAAUUGCUGUAUCAGUCCUGCUGAUUUUCCUGGUUUUUAGCGUUGCUUUUUAUCUGAUAUGGAAGAAAAAGAGAAGAACCAGGGAAUCUUUAGAAAUAGACCAGAACCAGAAUACUUCAGCCAUCUACAACAACUCAGAAGUCAGCCUUGGUCUGAACAGCAGGUCAUUGGCUGUGGAGAACAUCUACCAAUUAGACACUGAGAAUGAAUAUGAGCAAUGGUCAAGAUAACUCAUGGAGCUUACAUACUGUACAAUGUACCAGCUUUUGGACUGUUUUUAUUAAGGCUUUGGAUAAUUAAAAACUAACUUUUGUGAUUGUCUUUUCCAGUUGAAUCACUUUUUUUAGCCUACAGAUAUUAAAUAUGGACUGUAGUGCAAUGAUAAUUUGUACAUGUUACAAUUGUAAAUUUGUAAAUGUUGGUAAUUUGUAAAUGUUGCAAUGUAAAAGUUAAAUCAAUACAUUUUCAACACCACAAAUGUUUUGAUCGGUUACUGCAAAUUUGAGCUGCAGUGCUUUCUAGGCACAUAAUCAGUCUGUACAGGAUUUUGCUAUGUUUUUUUUUUUAUGACUGUUGCGGCUUUGCUGCAGCUUUUUUAAAAAUUUGCAAAUUAUCAGAAAAAGUAAUUAGAUUACACCCAACUGUGACUAAGGCUGUGACAAGCCCCACUGGCACUGUUAAUGCAUGCUCAGUGUCACUGGUUCCAUAUGGCAUAGGUC